AUGCUCAAUUGUCGUCUCCAAUCCGUUCGUCCAUUGACUUCUGUCUUGCGAUCCCGCAUUGUACAUGCCACGUUUGGAACUACCCGUGCUCUUUCUACUAAACAUGAGCCGGUCACUAUCUAUGAAGGACCUCUGGCCAAUGUAGCCAAGAAGCUGAAAUUGUUCUCCAUUACCUCUCUUGGUCUUGGUACUGGCAUUUCUCCUUUUAUCUUUAUGAUUGACGUGCCAGUACCGUUCGUUGCCAAAGCCGCUUUGGCCGGUGCAGCUAUUGUCACCAGUGCAGCUUCGACAGGUUUGAUCCAGUGGGUCAUGUCACCUUAUGUUACCAAGAUCACUACGACCUGCCCUGAACCUGUUCCAACCCAACUCACCUUGCACACCCUUAACUUCUUCGCAAAAGAGCAUAAGACCACAGUACCUACCGAUGUCCUUACGCCAUCUACACGUAUUUUCACCAGCUGGAUGGUGACAGACCCUACAGUAGCAGAGGGUAUGGUUGGGAACAAACCUGCUAAACCUAAGAUGCUGUUUUAUGUACAUCCAGAACUAUGCGAAGAGCCUGGAACCAUGAAGGAUAUUGUCGACCAGGUGGGGAUCGGUAAAGGCUUUUAGAUUUUUUUUUAAAAAAAAUAUAGACUAUAUAAAAUACCUUGUUUUCAAUAAUAAUAAUAAAGUC